AUGUGGCAGAUGAGUUCAGCAGGCACUAUUCCAGUGUCACAACUGUUACAGUUAAAAGAUGAUGAGUUUGAUACCACUAUUAAAGAUAUGGGACAGAGGAAUCUCAUGGAAGCCAUUACAGGACUGCAGAAAGAGAUGGCCAAAGAACAGGAAAAUUUUAACUCCAUGUCAGAAGAGUUGAAAGGAUUCAGGGAUCGUAACUCUCGUCAAUAUAAACAAAUAUCAAAAGACUUGAUGGCUUCACAAACUAGAUUAACAUCUCUUAUGAAUAAAAGCAUGAAAUGUUUUGCCCAGCAAAAUCUGCAGCAGGGCAAAGAUGGCAUCACUGUGAAAAGACGGAAUUCGGCAAAAGGCACAAAUCCAAAUUCACCCACAAAGAUUGUACAACGUAGCCAAUCGAUGUACAUCCCACAAGAACCGAACCUCACCCUCAAAACAGUUGCACCACCUGAACCCAGCACAAUCCGAACAGGAUCGAAUCAAAACAUCAAUAGAAUAUCUGUAGUCAAUUCCAACCUGAAAAAUACCCACAAUCCAAGCAGUAAAUCAACUAGUAAUAUUAUUAGAGUUACAAACCCUAAUAAACCCUUUAAAAUUUCACACAAUUUCUCCCCAGUGAGUUCCCCUUCAAACCCACUUUCACAAAAUUUGAAUAACUCUUCUGUAAAGAAGUCAAUUUUGUUUAAUUCAAAACCGGAUGAAAUGAAAACUUCAAUAAGCAUUGCAUCUAAAAAUGCUGUAAUUACUUCCUCUCCUGCAAAUUCUUUGAGUGAGCAAUCGUAUACACAGAAUAAUUCUAAUAAUGAUGAAGCUGAAAAUUUAUCAAGUGUCAGAAGAUUGGCUCAAAGCUUUGGAAAUUCAAAACAACCCAAUGCUCCCCCAAGACCAAAUCGGUCCACAAUUUUAAAUCGUAAUUUUUCAAUAUCAAAUCAAAAUUUAUCUCACCCUCAAAAGGUAAAUGGAGUUCAGAGUUCACUUCAAAAUGGAGAUAUAAGCUCUCAACAACGAAAAGUAGUGCAGCAAUCUGUGAACAUUAGUGGGAAAAACAAUAUGGUUCAGUCACGACCAGUUUCUGUUUUGAAUUCAAGGGACACAACUCCUCAGAGACAAAAUGUUGAAUUGAUUCCCAAAGCUCAUAGUGUACAGAAUUUAACGUCAGAUUCUAAUGAUAAUGUGAAAACAACUUUAACUGUGUCUUUUGGCAACAAAAGUGAAAAUAAAUCAAAAGAUGUGCCAAAAACUGAUUUGAAAAACUCUGAAAAUCGUCACAGUUGGUUUGGACAAAAAGGAGAUUUGUUGAGUGAAAUUGAAUCUGGGAAGAUUGGAAACAAAUUGAAGCCAGUACCAAAAACAGAAACUAAAACAACCGUACCUGUAUCAAAUCAAACACAGAACAAUACAACAGUGAAUAGUUCAGUAACAAUUAAAACAGUAUCAUCAGCAGGUGCACAUGCUUUAAUAUCACAAUCUUCCCUAUUAGUCAUUGAUGUAGAAUAUUAA